ACCUACCCCUUUCACUGCGGCUCGAAAGCAGAGCGGACUGACCCGCUUCUGAUCUAAAUCACUGCUAGCGCUCAUUGUGAGAUACAGCAACCACUUCUGUAGGCUUUCUGAAACUGCCUAGACCUUUGCAAAUGCAAGCAAUUAAAUGUGUGGUGGUCGGGGACGGGGCUGUGGGAAAGACCUGUUUGCUAAUCAGCUACACCACCAAUGCCUUCCCCGGAGAGUACAUACCCACUGUCUUUGACAACUACUCUGCCAAUGUGAUGGUUGAUGGGAAACCAGUGAAUCUGGGUCUAUGGGAUACAGCAGGACAGGAAGACUACGACAGACUCCGACCACUGUCCUAUCCACAGACGGUAACACACACACAGCUUCUAACCCAUUAUCUUUCUGAUGUGUUCUUGAUAUGCUUCUCCCUGGUCAGCCCCGCCUCCUUUGAGAACGUCCGAGCUAAGUGGUACCCAGAGGUGAGACACCACUGCCCCAACACCCCCAUCAUCCUGGUGGGCACUAAACUGGAUCUGAGAGAUGACAAGGACACCACGGAGAGGCUGAGGGACAAGAAGCUGUCCCCCAUCACCUACCCCCAGGGCCUGGCCAUGGCACGGGAGAUAGGUGCUGUGAAGUACCUGGAGUGCUCGGCCCUGACCCAGCGAGGGUUGAAGACGGUAUUUGACGAGGCCAUCCGUGCUGUGCUGUGCCCCCCACCCGUCAAGAAGAGGGGCAAGAGGUGCACAGUGUUCUGAGGGCUCUUAUUGUUCCAGGAUCAACCUCCAGCAUAGUGGCCAUCGUCAUGACGAUACAUCUGGUACACUAAAACAUCACCAUAAUAAUCACUACUUCUCUUCGGGACAAGUCCUAACUUGAAACACCACGUAACGGCAAUUUAACUGACGUUUGUGUAAAUAAUGGAUUCAUGUCAAUGGAAUAUUUGAUCUCGAGUUAGGAUUGGCCCCAAGAGAAAUAAAUACUGGAUUUUUUUUUUACAAUAGGAAAACCAUUUGAUCAGGUGUAAAGAUGUGUCGUCAAGUUGCCAUUUGUUUGUUUUUACACAGAGGAAAGCACUUGAGGUAUCUACUCUCACUCAUACAACCCUAGUCCCUCUCAGUCCUGUUAGCUUGUGUUGAUACAGCACUCAAAACAGUCUGUACUGUGAAUCUGUCGCUCUGGGUUGAAGUUGCCCUUAGGUACAGAUUUAGGAUCAACGUUCCCGCCUCAAGUCCUAAACUUGACCAUUACGGGGAUGACCUUAGAUCAGUGAUUAGGGGCAAUUUCACCCUACUCUGUGAAGUGAAUAAUGUGACAAACAGACAAGAAUGACAUGGGAGCUGUACAACCUGGCUACCUGAGGAAUGCCUCUGAUGGAGGUGCUUGCAUUGGUUUAAACAAUAUGUCUUCAUUUUCCAAUUAUUUGAAUCUACCCAUGCAUGUCACUGUAUGUGUGAGAGUAAAAUUUCCAGCAGUGUCACGUUUCUGAUACUAUUACUGCAUUGUAGUGAUAGACAAGACUUUGCUACAAACUGUUGAUUCAACAAAAGGGAAAUGGAUGAUCACAACCGUGGUCUGUUUUAUGUGUUACACAAACUAAGUCUAGUGAUAAUGUACAAAAUAAUAUUUAGAGGAGGAAUGCAUUAUGGAUAUAUCUAUUUAUUAUGGACCUGAAUAUUUAGCUCUUUAAUUCCAGAAGAAAAGGAUAAUACUAACCAGGUUUCCAUCCAACCUUUUUAGUGGAAACACUUUCAUGUGCAAAUAUGGAUAUAUUAACUGUCCUAUGGAAAACCCGCACUGCAUCUGCGAACUGUUGGCUUGAGCGCACGUGCCCAUACCAGAGUGGGCUCAUUUGCUAUUUAACAAAAACAUUUUUUGGGAGUUGAAUGCAAUGGACUUGUAUUUGUUUUAUUUGGUACAUGGGAAUUUAACCGCAAAAUACAUUUUUGUGACCUCCGUCAUCACACACAGACUUUAAUCUACAAGUCAAUUUGAUUGAAACAUAUCUCUGGUGGGAAACUGUGCAUUUAAAAAAAGGAUGGUGAUUUUAGAAUGUGUGCAUAAAAAUCUGCUGCCAAUUGGAUGGAAACCUAGCUAGUAACUCACUUUUAAUCUAGAGAUCUCAUAUCGCAAAACAAUGUAAUUAAUUAACGAGUGCGUUUCUGUGGUUGUUGUAGACCUGCAGUAUAACUGUUUCUUCUCCUCUAGUGGUGAGAUAAAGGAAUGCAUUCUUCUCUGACAUCAAAUAAAAUAAAAUUGUAUUUGUCAGAUGCGCUGAAUACAA